AAUUAUUAGAAGGUACUGAUUUGCUGAAUGAUAAUUGUAUGAAUAAAAUUAUUUCAGAUCUUGAAUAUGGUACCCAAAAGGCGCUGGAACUUCACCAAAAAUGGUUAAAUUGCUGGUUGCAUUUACCAUUGAGUGUUUGUUGUUUAGGUGGAAAAUAUGGGCGAGAAUUUGCAUGGAGUUUUAUUCACAUAGUUUUAGGAACACCUUUGCUUUCAGUACCUUCAUUGCGAGAAUUAUGUUAUAUGAAAUUUAUUGAAUUGGAUAUUAAAUACAAUGAAUCCAAUGACUUUGCAGAAUCUUUAAAUCAGCUUCCUAAGGUAUUUGAAUUUGUCAAAAAUCGGAUUUGGUAUAUAGUUGUCCAUCAGCAACAAGUGGAAGGCCUCUUCAACAAAUGGGAUCUUAAAACCCAUCCAAAUAUGACAGGUAGCCUUCAACAAUCCAAAUUACGAUUAACAAGUAUGCCACUUGCCGAAAUUGGUUGUAAUUCUUCAGAUUUAAUGGAACUUAGAGCCAGAAAACGUCAUGAAAGAGCAUCUAAACAAAGUAAACCUCAGGAAGAUCUGGAAGAUAAUGAGCGUGAAAGGAAAGCAAACAUGUUAUUCGAAAAUUUAUUUGGAAAAUA